CUCUUUUUCUCUUUUUUGCGCUUUCUCUUAGUUUCAAAGCGCAGUCACUCCCUUCCUAACUACGCAAACGCAAAGAGGGUUUCUUUCGUAUCAUUCAAACGCUAAGGCAAUGGACACGUCAAACCCUGCUGUAUUUGUAAAUGGUGAGUUGAUUCCGAAUUUUAUUGGGAAGAAAGUGCGGGCGGUGGUUCAGGUGAAUCGGUGUGAUGGUGGGGCUGCCACGGCCAAAUCCACUGAUGACUGUCAAUUAACCAUAAAAGGGUUGCCUCAAGUCCCUCUUAUGAACUAUAUUGAAGUCAUUGGCAUUGCUGAAAGUAGCAACUCUAUUGGUGCCGAAGUAUGGACUGACUUUGGCAACACGUUUGAUACCGACUCUUACAAUCAGUUGUGCCAACUAGCAAAUGGUGAAUUCAAAAGUCUGUUUCUCUAGGGCCAUCAACGAAUGCUUGGUCAGAAAACGGAUGGGGUUUGAAGUUGCUGCUUUUCAUGCUAAAGCUUCUGUUUCCAUGUAAAUGUAGGAACUAUGUUUUUGAGUAUAUGGGGUUUCCAAAGGAGCAGAGCAAAUGUGCUCUGUAGGAACUGUUACAUGUUUUAUAAAUCCCAUUUAUCUUAUUUCUUAUGUUAUGACUAGUUUAGCUUAUGUCUGCAUCUCCCUUAAAUGAAAAGAGGUAUAAGUUUCAUUUAGAAUAUUUUGUUCUUCACGUAAAUACCUUGCGUAUUUUCCCUUCCAAUUGUAUGUGCAUCGUAAGAAACUUUGCUACGUUCUUAAUUA